AGCAGUGUCACCUGUCAAUUGUCAACUGUCAAAAACAGUCCGAAAUUGAUCAAUAAUUUGCGAAAAUUUCAAAGGCUAACCUAAAAUGAUAAAAUGAAUAAAAUGUUACCCUUGUAUUUGUUAAAUAUGUAAGAAAAGAAAUCCAAAACUCUUAUAAAACCGUAUUUUGAAAAGUGUAGUUAUCUUUUACUUAUAGUGAUAUGAUAUCUAAUAUGUUAAGAGCCGUUUCUAGUAUUUAUAUUGAGAGCCAGGCUUUGGCGAUCGCUAGACGUGAUGUUUUUAAAUUGUUCCGUACUGCGGGCUAUGCCGGUAUAUCCACAAACCAGACAGUUUUGACGGAUGUGAGGCCUCAAACAAAGACCCCAUCAUCAGUGGAUUCUUGUGCACAUUCUGCACCUCCCCCUCCGCCUCCGCCUCCGCCGCCGCCACGCAGAGGAUGGGUCGCCGCCGCUGCAUUCGCACUCACAGCUUCAGUUGGAGGGGUGUACUUCAUCCGGAAGCUGAACACAUCAGAGGAGCGGCCGCUGCUCACUGAAGGUAUAUAUAUAUAUACUUGUAACAUUCAAUUAGUUAAAAGUUGUUUUAUUCUAUUUAAAAAAUAAAAUAAAUAAAAAAAA